AUGGACGCCGAUUCCACAGACAACACCCCCAUGACCGAGGAGGCCAUCAUACGGCGAUGCAAAAUGCAUCAGGGGUACGCCACGCCAGAAUUGAACGAGAAGUUAUAUCUUCACUACGUCGGAUUUAGAAAGAUUGCCUCGCUAGAACCCUUUCACAACUGCACCGUCUUGUAUCUCAACAACAAUGCGAUUGACAGCCUGGAGGGGCUUUAUCCACUGCAGAAGCUUCAUUCCCUGUAUCUCAGCAACAACACCCUUCGGGAUUGUCGUAGUCUCCCGGCAUUGCCCGCACUGCGUCUGUUAGAUGUUUCUAACAACAGCAUUACGUCCCUUGAGGGACUUGCUAGCGCCCUGGGGUUGGAGACGCUUCUUGCCGCCCGCAACCGUGUCGCGAACCUCCAAGGCCUAGAGCCACUGGACCACCUUAUCAACAUUGAUGUUUCACACAAUUGGAUCUCCCAGGCAGAUCACGCACUUCCACUGCUACUUCGGAAGAAAGAACUUCGCACCUGCAUGCUGCAAGGCAACUCAUUCGUAAGAACAACGCCGUCGUACAGAAAAUUCUUAAUCGCCCAAAUACCUUCACUGAGGUUCUUGGACCAAUACCCCAUAUUUUACGAAGAGCGAAGCUGUGCCGAGGCGUAUGCCAUUGGCGGAGUGGAGCUAGAAAAGGCAAAGCGGGAGGAAAACCAGCGGAAUGAAGACGAGGAACGACGAAAGCAAUUCCUUUUUUUUACAGAGGCACAGGCGAUGAUGCGGGGGCACCGAAUGUCGGAGGGAAUGUGCGUGGGUUCCACAGCCUAUUUUGACUGCAACAACUACGAGGACGUUUAUGUGCCUAAUCGCUAA